AAGCAGCCGCUUUCCGGGCGCCGCGGGUGCUGGAGGCGGCGUGGGCGGCCACGAUGAUCCAGGCCAUCCUGGUCUUCAACAACCACGGGAAGCCGCGGCUGGUCCGCUUCUACCAGCGCUUCCCUGAGGAAAUCCAGCAGCAGAUUGUCCGCGAGACAUUCCAUCUUGUUCUCAAGCGGGAUGACAACAUCUGUAACUUCCUGGAGGGCGGAAGCCUCAUGGGCGGCUCCGACUACAAACUCAUUUACCGCCACUACGCUACCCUCUACUUUGUGUUCUGUGUGGACUCCUCUGAGAGCGAGCUGGGGAUCUUGGACCUCAUCCAGGUUUUUGUGGAGACCCUGGACAAGUGUUUCGAGAACGUCUGCGAGUUGGAUCUGAUCUUCCAUAUGGAUAAGGUGCACUACAUCCUGCAGGAGGUGGUCAUGGGGGGGAUGGUGCUGGAGACCAACAUGAACGAGAUCGUGGCGCAGAUGGAGGCGCAGAACCGGCUGGAGAAAGCUGAGGGCGGCCUCUCUGCAGCACCAGCGCGUGCCGUGUCGGCCGUGAAGAGCAUCAACCUGCCUGAGAUUCCCCGCAACCUCAACAUUGGGGACCUCAACAUCAAGGUCCCCAACCUGUCACAGUUCGUCUGAGGGCUAGAGUCCCCCGCCAUCCUUGCCACAUCAGCCCCGCCCCGGAAGUGGGACUGCUUGUGCCUGGGACCCUGCACCCCACAUCUGUCCCUGGGCGGGCUGCGGGGGCCCCAACACCCACCCGCAGGCACCUGCCGGGGCCUCACAUGUGCAGCCCUGUCCAUCUCCUUGACUCAUGGCCACUGCAGAUGUGGGGGGCCUGGCUGCCUGGGCGGGGGGCAGCACGCACCCACCACGCAUGUCCCCUCCCCAGACCUCUACCAUGGGAGCUACCUUGGACCAGCAUUGUCCUGCAGCCUGAGCACUGGUCAGGAGCAGUGCCAGAGAAGCACUGUCCCCUCCUCCCAUGGGGCCUGGGUGACAUGCCAGCAGCUGAUGGUGUCAAAACCUCUGGCAGAGCCACUGGGUCCCACCUCCUGGGGAGCACCCGGCCCCAGCUCCGUGCUCACAGGGUCGGGCUGGCGCGAAGCAGCCCCUGAGCUGUCUUGUGCUGGAGUCUGCGGGGUCCUGGGCGAGGCGUGAGGAUGCUGAGGGCCUGACCCGCCUUCUCCAUCAGGGAGCCAUGUUCAGGCGUUGGCGGCACCUUCUUCAGGCCUGAGAGUCUGAGCUUGGGGACCCGGAGCAGCUGGGCAGAUGGCCGGCAGACAGCGUGGGAGGCUCGGGUGUUCUCCCAGAGCUUUGAGGGCCUAUAAAUGUUUGCACAUUUAAAUGUUCGGAGAACUAUAAACAUCAGGAAUCUG